UAUUUCUGGGCUCUUUUGUUUAUCCUGACUAGCUUCUCACCACAACAAGUUCUAGCUUCUCUACGCUCAUGGCCAGACAGUAUAUAAAAAACACAAAUUCAUCCCGACCUCACAAUAAUUUUCCAAUCCUCGCCGACUUCUCACUAUUCCCCAACGCUCACCUGUGCUUCCCGGCAUCUAAAUUUUCAUUAUCGUCAUGACUUUCGAUCCGAAGCAGAUCAAAGGACUUUUCUUCGAUAUAUAUGCGACUCUGAUCAGCUGGGAAGAUGGGCUCUAUACGCAUCUUCUUCAUUUGACCAAGCAGCCGGGCUCGCCGGAAAUCCGUUCGAGACUUCUACGCAUGAAUGCCGCAAUCGAGAAGGCAGUUGAACAUGAGCACCCCGACUGGAAAUAUCCACUUAUCCUCGAAGAGGUGUACGCGCGCAUUGCCAAAGAACUUGGCCUACAGUUCGACCGAGAUGAGCAGAUUUCCUAUGGACGCCAGAUUGGUGAUUGGCCUGCCUUCCCAGACACCGUGGCAGCGAUGGAGAUUCUUGCGAAACAUUACAAGCUGUUCGUGCUGAGCAAUGUCGACGAGGAUUCCUUUGGGAGGACAUGUGCUGGGCCAUUGAAGGGCGUGCAUUGGGAUGGCAUAUAUACAGCCGAGCAAAUCGGGUCGUACAAACCUGAUCCAAGAAACUAUGAGUACGUCGUCGACCGCUUCCAAGAGAUAGGUAUUUCCAAAGGCGAAGUUGUUAUGGUCGCUCAGAGUCUGGACAUUGAUCACGUAACUUGCACGGCUCUUGGGUUCAAGCCGGGAGUAUGGAUUGAGAGAAAGGGUGCUAUAAUGGGCGGAAAUAGAAAAGAGCUUGAAGACCAAGGCUUGCUAGAGUUGGGAGCUGUUUACGCUUCAUUGGGCGAUUUCGCUACUGUUGUUGAAAAGGCUUUUGCGCAUGAAUAAUCUCGGAUAAUUCGCUUCUCGAAUGGCAAUGGCAGCUAGAUUGUGCUACGUGACGUAGUAUUCUGUCCAAGCAUUGGUAUUUCAGUGCUACAGGUGAAGUUCCAAAUCAGUAAUAAAGUUUUCGUGUCGUAGUAGUUCACAAUGAGAUUUUUACUCUUCAGUCAGAAAGGAUAUAUGCUAUUUGCAAGUACUCUUUGUAGAGGGAC